UAAAUGCGCCAAGGUUACUAGAGACCAACUCAAGGAAACUGAUAGUCAGACUGGUAGCUACAGUCGAAGAGGUCGUACAUGAGCUGGACAAUGUACUGGGCACUUCUUGUACUGCCCCUGGCGUGGGCUAUCCCGACUCCCAUCAUUACCCCACUCUCCCCGUCGGGACUAAGAUGGGAAAUACCAGACGCUGGCUAUGACCUGGUGGCCGUUCACUUCAGCGUCAAUGCAGAUCUCCCCGGCGUACAAGCCGGCCACUACAACGUUGACAUUCCAAACAAGCAAGGGUCGUCUUGGGUAUACGUGCAGAACGGGGUAACCGUACACCCAGGGGAUACAGUACACUAUUGGCUGUAUGCAUUGGCAAGUGGAAGGCCGUCCCAGGACCUAAACCAAGUGUGGACCUAUAGUGGUCAAAAUACACAGGCCCCUGUUACUCAAGCACCUGUCACUCAAGCACCUGUCACUCAAGCACCCGUUACUCACGCACCUGCCAACCAUCCAAAGACAGAAGCUGCCACUCAGAAAACGCCAUCUAGCGGUCACAACAUAGACAGCGUCAGCUUCAACGCUGUCCAGAAAGACUGCGACGAUUCGCCAGUUUGCACGAGCUACCCGUGCCUUAUCUUUGACGAUGAAUUCGACACCUUGAAUCUGAAGACGUGGGAACACGAGAUCACGGCGGGAGGAGGUGGGAACUGGGAGUUCCAGUACUACACAAACAACCGUACCAACAGCUAUGUGAAGAACGGUGUUCUCUACUUGAAACCCACAUUGACGUCCGAUCAGUAUGGCCUGAACUUCUUGGAGCACGGCAAACUGGAACUGUGGGGCGCUGGUCCCCAUGAUACGUGUACAGGAAACCAGUUCUAUGGCUGUGAGAGGCAGGGCAUUCCUGGGCGUGUUGUAAAUCCUAUCCAAUCAGCGAAGCUCAGGAGCUCACGUGGUUUUAAUUUCAAAUAUGGAAAGGUUGAGAUCGAGGCUAAGCUUCCGACUGGGGACUGGCUGUGGCCAGCAAUUUGGAUGAUGCCGACUUACGAUGCAUAUGGCGGAUGGCCUGCUUCCGGUGAAAUCGACAUCAUGGAGAGUCGAGGCAACCUGCACUACACAGAAUCCAAUGGUCAGUCGCAGGGCGUGAACCACAUGGGCAGUACUAUCCACUUCGGCCCCGAUUGGACACACGACAGAUGGGAUCUUGGACAUGCAGAAAGGGACAGUAAACAUGGAACAUUUGGAGAUUCUUUCCACAAGUAUGGUCUGGAGUGGGAUGAAAAUAACAUGAAGUUCUUCCUCGACGGCGAGUUAAUCCUCACCGUGGACCCAGGUAAAGACGGAUUCUGGAAAUAUGGCGGUUAUGACAAAACACAUUUUAACAAUCCUUGGGCUGGAGCAUCAAAGAUGGCCCCCUUUGACCAAGAGUUCUACAUCAUCCUGAACGUUGCCGUGGGCGGACAAAACUACUUCUCCGACAACCUCGUCAACGCCGCGUACCCCAAGCCUUGGAAAGAUGCUGACAGUACCGCGUUCUGGAACGCCAGGAAUCUAUGGACCCCCACGUGGAAGCCGACACAGAACAACGGGGAGGGGGCGGCUCUGCAAGUGAACUACAUCAAAGUCUGGAAACUGAAGCCAUAACCUGUGCCGAUGCCAUACGUGGAUGUCGUGACUCUAUGGUACUGUGAGCAUUUGGUUGACGCAGAGUAAUUUUCUGUAUUUGAACGCUGAAAUAAAACAAAUCACUUUC